UGCAGGAGCACAGCGCUUCUAUUCUAACACCUCUUCUUUCUUUCUUUUUUUCUUCCUUUUAGUGAGGGUCGAGUUUUUCAGGUGAUUAUUUUUUUUGAAAACACUGGUCGAAUCUCCAGGUGAUGCCACCCAUUUUCACAGAUAAGAGGACCUGGGACACGCGCUCUGAGUGGGAGAUUUUGACCAGCAAGUUCUUCUGACUGAAAGUGUCCACCACUAUUCUCACUGGGAACAUGGCUCUCUGUCCGCAGUUACUGCUGCUGCUCGGGUGGAGCUAUCUAUUCGGUGGAUAUUGCACGAUGUUGAAAGAUCAUUUCACUGGUUUGAAAAGAAAAGGUGAAUCAGGGCACUCAGGUGCCCCCCGUGGGAACAAAGACCGCUCAGAGAAGGAAGACCUGCUUUUACAGGAUACUAUGACGGAACACAUGCAGAUGCUUUACGACAAAUACAACCGUGCAGGAUUUCCUUUCAAGGAGGGGAAUACCGUCCGCAGCUUUAAAGCGCACUGGGGCACCAUCAACAACCAGCAGCUCCAGAUCUUCAACCUGACGUCUCUCACCAAGUCCGAGGCCGUCCUGUCGGCUGUGCUCCACUACUACAUAGGAGACCUCCCGAACAGCAUCCAGCACCCUGGCUGCAGCAGCAGCACCAGGCACAGGAGCUGUGGAGCCCCCUCCCCGUCCCGCCACGGCCCCAGGAAACACAGCCACGUCCAGAUGGGUGUCUGGAGCUUCGCCUCAGUGGAUAACCACACCAGGGCUUUGGGCCACUUUGUGAUCAACGUGUCUACACUAUACAGGGACUUCAUCUCUUGGCAGUGGAAGGACAUCACCCGGGUGGUGAACCAAGCCAAGUAUCAUGAUGAGCUGCUGAUCGGGAUAGACGUGGCAUCACAGCCUGGACCCAGGCCCUGGAAGAAGCUCCUCUCAGACCGCUCUCCAUACAUCCUGGUCUACGCCAACGACUCGGCCAUCUCCGAGCCCCAGAGUGUGGUGUCGACACUACAGAGGCAUCAAACGACGACGGCGGCUGGAGAACGGCCGCUCGCCUCGGGCUUCCAUAGACUGGGGCUGCACGCUCGGAACAACACCGCCGCGCAACCACAGGCGCCUCCUCACAGACGCCGGCGCUCUGCUAGCGUCCUCCUCCCGCUCCAGAACAACGAAUUACCGGGGCCGGAGUACCCGUAUGAGACGACGGGCUGGGACGAGAACGGCCCCUACGAACCGCUGGAGAACAAGCCAGUCCGUCGGCCGAGGAAAAAGACGCGCGGCAAGAGCCAGAGGCACGACGGUAAAAUGCCCCUGCUGCAGUUUGACGAGCAGACGAUAAAGAAGUCUCGUAGGAAGCAGUGGAACGAACCACGGAACUGCGCUCGCCGCUACCUGAAGGUGGACUUUGCAGACAUUGGCUGGAACGAGUGGAUUAUAUCUCCCAAGGCUUUUGACGCCUACUACUGUUCAGGGUCAUGCCAGUUCCCCAUGCCUAAGUCUCUGAAGCCCAGUAACCACGCCACCAUCCAGAGCAUUGUGAGAGCGGUGGGGGUGGUGUCUGGUAUCCCUGAGCCCUGCUGUGUCCCAGACAAGAUGUCUUCCCUCUCCAUCCUCUUCUUCGACGAGGACAAGAACGUUGUGCUCAAAGUCUACCCCAACAUGACUGUGGACUCCUGUGCCUGCAGAUAGGGACAAUUACCACACACAAACACACACACACACACACACACACACACACACACACACACACACACACACACACACACACACAUAUAGAACAAUCUCUCUGCAACAUAGCCACCUCUCAAGGAUCAAGGAUUUUCCUCUUUUGCACUGGAAGAGAGAUUAGGGAUUACAAUCUACUAUCUAAAUGGAGAUGAGAUUGUUAUUGACGAACCAUUUCAGGGAAGGACUGCUGGACCUUCCUCCUAUUGGAAGCCUGAAGUAACCUGGAAAAUAAACAGCUCACUAGUCUCAUCAUCAUCAUCACUAUCACCACCACCAUCAUCAUCAUGGCUUCUUACCUGUUUCAAUGUUUGAAUAGAAUUAAACAGCCCUUGGAGAGGAGGACCUAAUGCAGUUUGAGGUACUACCUUGAAGGGGGAGAGAAACUCCCGGAAUGAAAGACCUUCUGUGAUGCACAGUACUGUGAGCUCCAAAAGUAUUGGGACAGUGACACAUUUGUUGUUGUUUUGGCUCUGUACUCCAGCACUUUGGAUUU